AUGGAAAAUAAUUGGAACCUGUUCAGUAAUAAUAUUAAUGCCAGUGUGAGGGGGCGUAAUGAUAGUUGCCAUGCAUGGGAGAUCUGGGAUCUUGCCAACACCUUUCGCCACCCACCACCCACCACCUCCUCCACCGUGCAAGUGGAAGCACGUGAUUUUCACGCGCUCAUGUUCAACCACCAAGAUAACCGUUCUUCAUUAUCACAGCCCGACUUCUAUUCAGACCCUCAUUUGACUUGCUUGAAGCUGGGAAAGAGGCACCAUUUCGAGGAUGUUACACUGGGAACUUCAAUGACCAAGAAAGGCAAACCCUAUGGUUCAACUGCUGGUAGUGGAGGGGCGUCUUCUGCGGCGGUGCCUUCAAUUUUACCGAGGUGUCAGGUGGAGGGAUGCCAAGUGGUGCUAGUGAAUGCGAAGGACUACCACAGAAGGCACAAGGUUUGUGAAGUGCACGCCAAAGCUCCAAAAGUAGUGGUUCAUGGCAUUGAACAACGUUUCUGCCAACAGUGUAGCAGGUUUCAUGUACUGUCAGAAUUUGAUGAGUCAAAGAGAAGUUGCAGAAGGAGAUUAGCCGGCCACAAUCUCAGAAGAAGAAAGAACCCUCAAGACCAUUCUGAAGUUGCUAGGAGACCUUACCAAGGCAUCAAAGAGAUGGCUGGUAGAUAUCAAUAUUCACCAACAAAUGGGGAGUGUGCUCUCUCUCUUCUGUCAUCAAAAAACAACAGCUGGAUUCCAUAUAAAGACCUUCCAUCAAGAUGCAGCACUGCCCUACACGAUUUGAUUGCUGAAAAUCGUGCAGCCAUUUUAGCCAGACAGCUCAACUUGCAACAGAUGAAGGCUGCAGACCCGACCCAAAAGGGAUCCGUUCGGGUUCUGAACAACCAUAUUAUACCCGGGUCACAAGAAUACGGUGUCGACUUGACAUUGGACCUCAUGCAGGCCGCUCCCAGUUCAGAAUUCGGGUUGUUGUCUAUGCAUGAUAAAUCAGGAGAAGAAUGUUGUUCUGAAUCGUGGAAAGUUCAUUUAGGCUAUUGA